CAUGCUCGGGUUGGAUGGGCUGCAGAGCGCCGGCGCGGGUCCACGUCUCGGGGUGCCGCGAUUCCGGGAUGUCCGGGCUCUACCUGCAGCCCCCCAAACUCCCUUCCCCGGCCUGAGGCGCCCAGCGUCGUGGGAACUAUACCUCCCACUCGCCGAUGCUGGUCCGCAUCCUGGGAGCGGCCCGACAUCCGCCCCACUUCGGCAGGUCCCUUCGACCGUGGGACGGCGUGCAUGCGACCGUGCAAGCUCGGUGCCCCCACGGACACCGGGACAGGGAGCCCUGUGGAGGCGCCCUCCCGAGGCCCUACUGCCCAUGCUGACGACCCAGCCCUUCAGCUGCAGAUGUCAUGAGUAACACUACAGUGCCCAAUGCCCCCCAGGCCAACAGCGACUCCAUGGUGGGCUACGUGUUGGGGCCUUUCUUCCUCAUCACCCUAGUCGGGGUGGUGGUGGUUGUGGUAAUGUAUGUCCAGAAGAAAAAGCGAGUGGACCGGCUUCGCCAUCACCUGCUCCCCAUGUACAGCUACGACCCCGCAGAGGAGCUGCAUGAGGCUGAGCAGGAGCUGCUCUCGGAUGUGGGGGACCCCAAGGUGGUACACGGCUGGCAGAGUGGCUACCAGCACAAGCGGAUGCCCCUGCUGGACGUCAAGACCUGACCUCACCCCCACCCCCACCGCUCUCCAGAACCAUGGCACUUGGGAGUGCUGGGGGGCCUGCGGUGUCCUUCCCCACUUGCACUCACCCAGUUCCCCCUGCUGGGAACUGGGUCUCCUCUCCUCAUCCAGGCUGCACCUC